AUGACUGCACAGACCUACUGGUGGAUUACUGCGUGGUUCGCCAUCACUAUUCCGAUCAUAUUUUGGGAUGCCGGAUAUCUUUUCUUGAGACCCCGCUCUAUGGAGGGAGGCGAUCUUCACUGGAUAUGGCAGCCAUAUUCCAUUUAUCAAAAUGUACGGCGGGCGCACAUAUACGGCGCCCCGGCAUUAGUAGAAAAAGAUGGCUUCCCGAACGCCCAAUCCUUGCUCAACAUUGUAGAAAAUUUCUUGAAUAUUGCGUACUUGUACCUGGCGUACGUUGCACGAUGGCCUCCGGCUGGCCUGAUUGCUUUCACAUCUGCUUGCUUGACGCUGGCAAAGACGCUCUUGUACUGGGUACAGGAGUAUUAUUGCGGGAUGUGCAAUAUCGGACACAACAGUACCCACGAUUUGACUCUAUACUGGAUCAUUCCCAACGGUGUUUGGCUUGUCGUCCCCACUUUAAUCAUCCUUCGGCUGGGGAAGGACUUGAUCUCAUCACUCAACCUCGCCCACGGGAUCAAGUCCAAGACGAAGAGCAGUUAG